UGCCUCCUCUCAGCCUCGGUUUCUGUCUUUCUCUGCCUGUCUACCCCCUUUGUUCCCCACUGCCAACACCUCUUCGGUCUGUUCCCCCAAGCGAGUGGGUCGCUCCCCUUCUAGGCGAAGAUGACCGUCCGAGAGAGCUGCCUCAGCCUCAUCAAGUAUUUCCUCUUCGUUUUCAACCUCUUCUUCUUCGUCCUAGGCAGCCUGAUUUUCUGCUUUGGCACAUGGAUUCUCAUCGACAAAACCAGCUUCAUGUCCUUUGUGGGUUUGUCCUUCAUGCCGCUGCAGACCUGGUCCAAGGUCCUGGCUGUCUCUGGCAUUCUCACCAUGGGUCUGGCCCUGCUGGGUUGUGUAGGGGCCCUCAAGGAGCUGCGCUGCCUUCUGGGCCUGUACUUUGGAAUGCUGCUACUCCUGCUUGCCACACAGAUCACCUUGGGCAUCCUCAUCUCCACUCAGCGUGUCCGGCUGGAGCGCAAGGUGAAGGAGCUGGUGCUGCAGACCAUGGAGAACUACGGCGCCAACCCGAUGGAGACGGCGGCGGAGGAGAGCUGGGAGUACGCGCAGUUCCAGCUGCGCUGCUGCGGCUGGCAGUCUCCGCGGGACUGGCUGGCCGCGCGCACCCUGAGGGGGAGCCGGUCUGAGGAGCCGCGCGUGCCCUGCUCCUGCUACAACGCGUCGGCAGCCAACAACUCGGUCGUCCCGGACAAGCUCCUCUUCUCCCAGCUCAGCCGGCUGGGGCCGCGGGCCAGGUCCAGGCAUACCUCCGACCUCUGCCUGGUGCCCGCCGACAGCCACAUCUACCGCGAGGGCUGCGCGCAGAGCCUCCAGAAGUGGCUGCACAACAACCUCAUUGCCAUAGUGGGCAUCUGUCUGGGCAUCGGUCUGCUAGAGCUUGGCUUCAUGACGCUGUCCAUAUUCCUGUGCAGAAACCUGGACCACAUCUAUGACCGGCUGACCAGAUUCCGCUAGGACCUGUCCUGCCACACCACAUCCCUGAGACCAGGAAAUGUUUGUUUUGUUCCAUUUGGCCUAAGUUCCUUUGGGGACCCAAAUGUCUGCCCACCAGGACAUCCACAGCUUCUUGCACCCACACACCAUCUGUUGAUCUCCCACAAGAGGAGUUUCUACCUUUGCAAACGUCAAAUAAAUCCCCUACAUUUUGGUAAAAAAUAGCUUUAUCUGUUGGAACACAAACCAACACUUCGGGGGGUAAGGAGCAAGUGGAGUAGCCCGA